GUCCAAUCAGAGCCGCCGCAGGAAGUUUAAACCCAGCUUUGACAGCGGGCUGAUUUGAAUUUAGUUUUGUAUUUUGGGACAUUUUCAUCUUUAAGAUCCAGGUGCAGUCAUGUCUGAGGGGCUGCUGAUGCAGGUGGGACCGUCUGUCCUCACACAGUCGGCCUAUCAGAGCGAGCCGUCGGCACACCUGGACAGGGGGGCGGGGCUUCGGGGUGAGGGCGGGGCCAUUCAGGUGAGCGCAUACUGUAAAGAGCUGCUGAUGAGAGGAGGAAUAGAGUUCAGCUUCGAAGAGCUGAGAGCCGAAAGAUUCAACCAACGACAAAAACAGCAGCUGGAUGAAAAGCUGCGGCAGCUGAAGGAGGUGAAGGAGCAGCUGAGUCAGGAGCUGGAGUUCAAGAAGAAACUUCUGCUGCUCAGGAGGAGUCAACAGGUGGACCAGGAAGCCUCUCAGAUCAGUGACUCUGCCGGACCUGCAGCUGCCUCCUCCUUCCAGAUCUAUGAUGAGUCUCAGCCUGCUGCUGCACAGCCUGCUGGAAACUCUGAAACAUCUCCAGCUGAGCUGCAGGACGAUGUUUUCCUCCGUGCUGACGAGAGAGGACUGUGUCUACGGAUCCAGUAUCCACAACCAGGUGAGUCCCUGGUCCAGGUGGGCCUCUGGUCCAGGUGAGCCUCUGGUCCAGGUGGGCCUCUGGUCCAGGUGAGUCUCUGGUCCAGGUGAGCCUCUGGUCCAGGUGAAUCUCUGGUCCAGGUGGGCCUCUGGUCCAGGUAGGCCUCUGGUCCAGGUGAGUCUCUGGUCCAGGUGAGCCUCUGGUCCAGGUGAAUCUCUGGUCCAGGUA